GCUCCGAGGCUCCGAGACGGGCCGUGAGCCCCCGGGACGAGGCGAGCGCAGGUGGUGCGGGGCCGACAGGUGCGGGGCUCGCGGGCUGCGGCGAGGCAAAGAUGCUGGAAGCAGACCUGAUUUCAAAGAUGCUACGAGCUGUUCUGCAGUCUCAUAAGAAUGGGAUAGCAUUACCUAGGCUCCAAGGAGAAUAUAGAUCCUUAACUGGAGACUGGAUCCCCUUCAAGCAGCUUGGUUAUCCUACUCUAGAAUCCUACCUGAGAAGUGUGCCGGCUGUUGUCAGGAUAGAGACUAGUAGAUCUGGUGAGAUUACUUGCUGUGCUGUGGCCUGCACGGAAACUGAAAGGAUUGCUCAGCUUGUGGCUCGUCAGCGGACCUCUAAAAAGAAAACGGGGCGGCAAAUUAAUUGUCAAAUGAGAGUGAAGAAAACCAUGCCAUUUUUCCUAGAAGGGAAACCAAAGGCCACCCUCAGACAACCAGGGUUUGCUUCAGACUUCUCUAUAUGCAAGAAACCUAAUCCAACUCUGUUAAAAGACAAAGGAAAUGCCUUUGGAAAGCCUGAUGUUGAAAUGCCACUUUAUCCAGUACACACAACUCUUGGAAAUGAAGUAUUCAAAGACAUUCCAGUGCAGAGGCACACAACUGUGUCUACCAACAGCAGGUUUAGCCCAAAGUCAUCCCUGCCACCACCUUUCCAGACACAUCUCUCAAGAACCUGUACUAAGGAAGUGAGUGAUAAUUUAAAUCAGACUGUUGAAAAAUCAAAUGUCACACUUCCUGCCUCUUACAAUAAUAAAAUGGAUGAGAUUCAAAACCGCAUCAAGGAAAUACUAGACAAGCAUAACAAUGGCAUUUGGAUAUCUAAGCUUCCACAUUUUUACAAAGAGUUUUACAAAGAAGAGCUGAAUCAAGGAAUUUUGCAACAGUUUGAACACUGGCCUCACAUUUGCACGGUGGAAAAGCCUUGUAGUGGUGGUCAAGAUCUGCUGCUUUAUCCAGCUAAGAGAAAACAGCUCUUAAGAAGUGAACAGGACCCUAAAAAAGAGCUCCCCUCCCCAGCACCUGCUUCCAAACAAGAACUACCGUCGAGUGGGAGCCUAGCAACUAUGCCAGAGGUCAAAGAGAAAGUGGCCAAGCUGCUGGUGAAGUACUCAAGCGGUCUUUGGGCUAGUGCACUCCCGAAAGCAUUUGAAGAUGUAUACCAAGUAAAGUUCCCUGAGGAUGUCUUAAAAAAUCUUGCCACACUGUCUGAUGUAUGCACCAUAGACUACAUUUCUGGAAACCCUCACAAGGCCAUUCUCUAUGCUAAGCUACCAUUGCCUACUGACAAGAUCUUACAAGAUGAAGGGCAAGCACAAGGAGAUUAUGAUAUCAAGUCUAUGAUUGAACAAGAAUAUUUGCAGAUAGAAAAAAACAUUGCUGAAAGUACUGAAACGUUCACAGAGGAGGACAUAACUGCUCCUCCUCUAGUCAUUCCUACUGAGGCAUCUCCUUCUGUGUUGGUGGUUGAACUAAGCAACACAAAUGAAGUAGUUAUCAGGUAUGUGGGCAAAAACUACUCAGCCGCUCAGGAGCUUAUGGAAGAUGAGAUGAAGGAGUUUUACGGUAAGAGCCCCAGGAUUGCACCCAUCCAGACUAUGCAUGUGGGGCAACUACUGGCGGUCAAUGCAGAGGAGGAUGCCUGGUUACGCGCACAGAUCAUAUCAACAGAGGAAAACAAGAUAAAGGUAUGCUAUGUUGACUAUGGUUUUUGUGAAAAUGUUGAGAAGAGCAAAGCAUAUAAAUUGAACCCGAAGUUCUGUUCACUCUCAUUCCAAGCUACAAAGUGUAAGCUAGCAGGGUUGGAGAUUCUGAAUGAUGAUCCUGACCUUGUAAAGGUGGUGGAAUCUUUAACUUGUGGGAAGAUCUUUGCAGUUGAGAUACUUGACAAAUCAGAUAUUCCCCUUGUUGUUCUGUAUGAUACCUCAGGAGAAGAUGAUAUCAAUAUCAAUGCCACUUGCUUGAAGGCCAUAUGUGACAAGUCACUAGAGGUUCACCUCCAGGUGGAUGCGAUGUACACUAAUGUCAAAGUGACUAAUAUUUGCUCUGAUGGAACACUCUACUGCCAGGUACCUUGCAAGGGUCUGAACAAGCUCAAUGACCUUCUGCAUAAGAUAGAGGACUACUUCCAUUGCAAGCACAUGACCUCUGAGUACUUCAUCUCACUACCCUUCUGUGGGAAAAUCUGCCUCUUCCAUUGCAAAGGAAAAUGGUUACGAGUAGAGAUCACAAAUGUUCACAGCAGUCGUGCUCUGGAUGUUUAUUUCCUGGACUCUGGCAAUGCAACAUCAGUGAAAGUGUCAGAGCUCAGAGAGAUCCCACCACGGUUCCUGCAAGAGAUGCUUGCUAUACCGCCUCAGGCUAUAAAGUGCUGUUUAGCUGAUCUUCCGCAGUCUAUUGGCAUGUGGACACCAGAUGCUGUGCUUUGGUUAAGAGAUUCUGUUUUGAAUUGCUCAGACUGUAGCAUUAAGGUUACAAAAGUCGAUGAAACCAGGGGGGUCGCAUCUGUAUACUUAUUUACUCCUAAGAACUUUCCUGACCCUCAUCGCAGUAUUAAUCGCCAGAUUACAAAUGCAGACCUGUGGAAACAUCAGAAGGAUGUGUUUCUGAGUGCCAUAUCCAGUGCGGUCAGCUCACCUGGCAGCAGAAAUAGCAAUACGCCCAUGUCCGACAUGGGCAACUCGCUCGUGUCAGGCAGCAUUGGAGAGAACUUCAGAAAGAGUAUCCCAGAAGUCAUGAAAAAGUCUGUGCUCGAACACACCAGCUCUUUGUCGGUGGAGGACCUGCCACCUCCUGUCCACUUGUCAAAGCCAGGGGAACACAUGGAUGUAUACGUGCCUGUGGCCUGUCACCCAGGCCACUUUGUUAUCCAACCUUGGCAGGAGAUCCAUAAGCUGGAAGUGCUGAUGGAAGAGAUGAUUCUGUAUUACAGCGUGUCUGAGGAGCGCCACAUAGCGGUGGAAAAAGACCAAGUGUAUGCUGCAAAAGUGGAAAAUAAGUGGUACAGGGUGCUUUUGAAAGGAAUCUUGACCAAUGGACUGGUAUCUGUGUACGAGCUGGACUACGGCAAGCAUGAAUUAGUCAACAUACGAAAAGUACAGCCCUUGGUGGAUACGUUCCGAAAACUGCCCUUCCAGGCAGUCACCGCCCAACUUGCAGGAGUAAAGUGCAGCCAGUGGUCAGAGGAGGCCUCGAUGGUGUUUCGAAACCACGUAGAGAAGAAACCUCUGGUGGCACUGGUGCAGACAGUUACUGAAAACACUAACCCUUGGGACCGGAAAGUAGUUGUCUAUCUGGUAGACACAUCGCUGCCAGACACUGACACCUGGAUUCAUGACUUCAUGUCACAGUACCUGGUAGAGAUUUCAAGAGUUAAUUAAUCACUGCUUCUGAGACCUUGACAACUAAAGCAGUAUAUAUAUAUAUUUUUAGCAAUAACAAAUGUAGUGUGCGUGUACUUUAAAAACAUCUUAUUUCUACAUGGCUCUGACUGUUGUGGGGAUUGAAAAAAAAAUACGCUGUUUGAUGAAAAAGAUUUAACAAGUUCUGUUUUAACAAAGUUGGCUUUUCAAAAAAUUGCACUUGAGUUAUUACUCUAAUAUUAGAAUAAAG